AUGUCGCGCAACUCAUUCGACGAGGGCGAUGACCAGAUCACCCCACUCGCCCGCCAGUUCACCCAAACCGAAGAAGGCAACCGCGUCCUUCAAAUGGGAAACAUGGCCGCCGCUCGCCGUAAGAAUAGCAUUCACCGCACCAGCCCUCCUAAUGGCCUAACAGACCACAACAACCGCAACGCCUCUCCCCCAAACAACGGACAUGUUCGCGAGCAAAUACCCAGCGAACUGCCCGCACGCAGCAAGACCACAUCCGGCGGUGGCAUGUCUAGAUCAAAGUCGAUGAAGCAGGCGUUGGGAAGAGCAAUGUCCACCCGUGACCGCGAACCUCACAAGGAACACACCAUCUCCAACACGGGCUUUGCACCCUCUCGCUCAAAGUCCCUGCGCGCACCGCCUCCUCCCCGUCUUAAUCUGCGCAGACAACAGGAAGCUGCCAAGAAGGGAGAAGAGCCCGUCCCUGUGCCCGAUUUCCCUUCACCGGGAAGAGCACCCAGGGGUCAACGUAUCUUCGACCCUCAAACUAUCGCCGAAGACGAAGGUGUGGACGUGGAGAAGACGGGAGGAUGGGCUGUGGAUAAGAAAACACAGAAGAAGUUGGACGAUGAGAGGGCCAGGAUUGAAGAGCAGGAGAGGCAGAAUGUGUUUUCUGGCGAUGAUGGAGAUAUCAGGCACAACAAGACCGGAAGGCAACGAAGCAAGAGUUUCAAGGAGUUCUUCAAGAGAGGUUGA